CAGUGGCUUUCACUUUGAGUCCUUCCUGCAAAAGCUGCCAUCCUAACCCUCUUUCUCGGAGUCCUCGGUCGCUGCCCCUGCCGCCGCCACCAUGUCUUGUCCCAUGCCACAACGCCGGGGCGUCUCCACGAUCCUGGGCGCCAUGGAAUUUGGGCGCCGCAUGGACCAAGCAGCAAGCGUGGCAACGGUGCGCGCCUUCCUGGGUCAGGGCUACAACGAGAUCGACACAGCCUUCUACUACGCCGAAGGCCAGUCGGAGACCAUCCUGGGUGGCAUGGGUCUCGGGCUGGGCCGCAGCGACUGCAAAGUGAAAAUUGCCACCAAGGCCCUCCCAUUGGACGGGCUGACACUGAAGCCUGAGAGUGUGCGGAACCAGCUGGAGACUUCACUGAAGCGGCUGCAGUGUCCUCGUGUGGACAUCUUCUACCUACACAUGCCUGACCACAACACCCCCAUAGAAGAGACGCUGCGUGCCUGCCAUGAGCUGCACCAGGAGGGCAAGUUUGUGGAGCUGGGCCUUUCCAACUACUCCUCCUGGGAGGUGGCUGAGAUCUGCACCCUGUGCAAGAAGAAUGGCUGGAUCCAGCCCACUGUGUACCAGGGCAUGUACAAUGCUGUCACCCGGAUGGUGGAGAAGGAGCUGUUCCCCUGUCUCAGGCACUUUGGAUUGAGGUUCUACGCCUUCAACCCACUGGCUGGAGGGCUGCUGACCGGCAGGUACAAGUACGAGGAGAAGAAUGACACCAAGCCUGCGUGCCGCUUCUUUGGGGAUAAAUGGUCUCAGCUGUACAAGGAUCGCUACUGGACAGAGGAACACUUCAAGGGUAUUGAGCUGGUCCAGAAGGCCCUGCAGGCUGCGUAUGGCGCCAAUGCCCCCAGCUUGACCUCAGCCACCCUACGCUGGAUGUACCACCACUCCCAGCUGAAGGAUGCCCACGGGGAUGCAGUCAUCCUGGGCUUGUCCAGCCUGCAGCAGCUGGAGACGAACCUGGCAGCCGUGAAGGAGGGGCCCCUGAAGUCAGAAGUCGUGGAGGCCUUUGACCAAGCCUGGAACCUGGUUGCUCAUAAAUGUGUCAACUAUUUCCGCUAAGUUCUGGGUGGCACAUGUGUUCUGGCCUUUGUGUCACACCCCACACCCCUCUGCCUUCCGCUGACCAGGUGUGAU